AUGCCCACGCCACUUCCGUCUAGUUUUGCCUCGGCCGCCGCUGGCAACGCCCACGACUCUUCGACCAGGAGAGGUGAUGGCUCUGCCGGUGGAGAAUGGUCUCGAACUCGCAUGAAUGGAGCAACACAGACUUUCCGCCGUCCGUCCGUUGCGACAAACCCUUCUCACAACCGGGAUGCCAGCCAGCCCACAUCGGCUACCACUCCUACCGUGGGCACCUACACUCCUCCGCAUAUGUCCUCCACCUAUCCAGCCAGCGCACUACGCAACGGAGCGGCCACCGACACGCGUUAUUCCAAGGACCAGCUGCUCAGCCUUUACAAAAACCAACGAGAGUCCGGCAUCUUGGGGAAGAACGUUGCAGAUUACUUCGUCGCCGACUGGAAUCCUCACGAGACAUCGCCCGUGAACGGAGCAUGGGGGAAACGGGAAGACUCGAAGGAUAACCCCUCCGGUCCGGAAGUGUGCUGGGAUCAUGGGGGCCAGAGCGAGCCGUUGGGACUGGUCGAUCUGACGGACGAUGAGAAAGAGUUAUUUACUCUCUCCGUCAACUCCCCCCUCAAGCCGCCACCCACGAAUGCUUCGAAGGAGAACGCUACUGCGGGGACCGGAGGUCGCAAGCUGUCCAUCUCCCAGGGCCAUAUGAAUAACUACAACACCGCAUCCCCCAGUACUGGGCGCCCUGGCCCGAGACGUCGGGAGACGGGCGAUUCGACUGGCAAUCCCAUGUCUCCCACCACCAGCGGCUCCCGCUUUUUCCGUGACGAAACGAACACCUCCACCCCGCCUCCGUCUUUGUUGCGUCGCAAGACUGAUUUCCGGGACGCAUCCUCCGCUGCUCGAUGGGAAGAGAAGGAGAAAGAAAACGUGGGCCGAGAGGUGGGCGCCGAGGUCGCAUCUCCAUUUGGUUCCUUGAAGCGGAGUUCGACCAAUCCGUUGAACGUGGCCCCCGGCGCCUCGAACUCUCCGUGGGGAUCUGCAUCGCAAAAUGCCAGCUUCUCGCCCAUGGGAGCUUUUGGCGCGUUCUCUUUGGGUACGGCCACCACCCCAACGACCGAGAAGAAGGCUGGGUUCGGUAGUCUCCGCGGAGAGAGCCGCCUGAAGGGGUUGUUCUCGAAGGAUAGUUCCGAGGACAUGUCUGCCGCGAUCAAGGAAAAGCCGUCCCUCAGCAGCUUGGAACGCCUGGGGGAGGCUGAGGGCGAGAAGCGCGCCCAGUCGCCUUGGGGCGAGCCCGUGAAGACGCGCACUGGUCGCAGUGAGACGAAUCCGUUCUCGGAAGAGCCUCGCAGUGGAAGUGCCGCGCUCGGAGGGUCCCAAGACAUCAGCACUCCCUCUCAGGCCGCGGACCAGCUGGGCUUUGCGGCCUUUGGUAUGACUUCCAGCAUCCCUGGGUUCCGAGAAUUGAUGCAGAGCCACGAAAAUUCGCGUAACCCUACCCCGAGUCUCCUGCAGGGACACGAACCCACCAGCCCGACCAACACGAACCCCUACCAGAGUCCCCACGGGGACCGAACUGGAGGAGGUGGUGGUGGCGACGAUGACGUCGACACCGAUGGGUCCGACAUCCAGAAUACCACUCAUCCUGGCAUCUCUGGCCUUCGCGACACCUCGUCCGCGUUUGGUUCCAUCCGACGGGUAGGAUCGGGUAUGGACUUGCCUUCGAUCGACCGGAGUCAGACCUCCAGUGCCGCCGGCAACCGCAGCUUCUCCAGCCUUGGUGGCUUGGGUGGACUUUCCUCGCUGGGUGGUGCGGCGGGAUGGCCCUCCAGCGCUGCCGUGGGUACGCCUACGAGGGAGCGCUCGGCCUUUGCCGGUGGCUUUGGCGAUCCCAUCUUCGGCACCAUGGGCGAUUUGCAAUCGCCGAGCUUGUCGACCUUGGGAGGCAGCGGGUUGUUCAGUCCUCAUGCUGGCAUGUCGGGCACCGGCAGCCUUGGCCGCUCCAGCAAAUUAGGAUCUCUCUUCCCGGCCGCCAUGCAGGAGCAAAUGCAAGCUGAACAAGGACGGCCAGACCUGGGCACUCUCGAUGAUGGCUCUCGCCAACCCGGUAAGCACCCUGACGAAGCGCUACCGCGCGUCCCGCUAACACUUCGAGCAGACCACCAACAAACCGACAAGCCAGGCCAGACCAGCCAGCCCGCCACUACCUCGGCUUCGCCCGACCCGGUGUCUGCUGUGGGAUCCAUGUCAACGUCCAUGGCACCCGAGGUACCCCCGCCGAGCCAGACCCCUGGCCAAGUCGGCGCUGGGUCCGUGCCUCCAGCUCAGCAACGGACCAUGGUGAUGCCGGACCGGAUGCGCUGGAUCUACCGUGACCCGCAGGGCAACAUCCAGGGCCCUUGGACCGGACUCGAGAUGCAUGAUUGGUUCAAGGCGGGCUUCUUCAGCCCCGACCUGCAGAUCAAGAAGCUGGAGGACCCGGAGUUCGAGCCGCUGGCGCAGCUGGUGCGACGCAUCGGCAACUCGCGCGAACCCUUCCUGGUGCCUCAGAUCGGGAUCCCUCACGGACCUGACCCCAGCCCCGGCCCAUGGACUGGCAACACGUCCGGCACGGCUCAGCCUCCGUUCCCGGGCAGCUUCCCCAGCUUCGGAACCACCCUGACCGCUGAACAGCAGAAUGCGCUGGAGCGCCGAAAGCAGGAGGAGCAGUAUCUGAUGGCGCGCCAGAAGGAGCAUCUCGCUCAGCAGCAAGCCCUGAUGAAGCAAAUGCAGUUCCAGGGCGUCCCGCACACGAUGCACCCGCACCAGCUGCAGCAUCAUUCCAGUGCGCACAGUCUCCACAGCCAGCCCAGCUUUGGCAGCAUUGCCUCGCCGAUCGGCUUCCAGCCUUCCCCCAUCCAAGCUCCGAUGCAGCAGCCCCAGUCCGUCGCCGGCUUCUUCGAUGCGGCCGCGCCGGUGCGGAACCCGCUGCAAAAUGUGGGCCCCCAGGUGCUCGGCACGGAUCUGGUCAACAGCCAGGACCAACUCCCGGCCCUUCUCGAUCGCCUGAACGUGAGCCGACCGGAUCCGUUUGCCUUCGGUACCCCCAGCUCUUUCGCGGCUCGCCAGCCCGACAGUUUGUUUCAUCAGCAGCAGGUUGCCAGCAUGCUUCAGGAUCGGGCUCGCUUGCAGCAGGAACAAGAGCAGUUUGACAGCGCGCAGGGCGACAGCCUGUUCGACCAGCAGGCGCGCGAAGAGCGGCUGCGCCAGUUCCAUGCUCUGCGAGCUCAGGAGGGUGAGCUAGGCCUGCGGACUGCCGAGGGUCUGCCCACGCACCCGGCCACGACCAUCCAGCCGGAGGAGCCGGAAGAAGUCGAGGAAGAAAUUGAAGAGGAACAGCAUACCCUCACCCUGUCGCAGCAGGUGCAAAAAGCCGCCUCCGCCCAGCGUAAGCAGCAGGAACAGCAGGAACAACAAGAGCAGUUGCAGCGCGAGCAGCUUGAGCAGCAGUCCCCCGAACCCAGCGAUACGCCCUGGAGUGUCAAGGGCGAUAGUGCCAUGCCCCAGCCCUUCCCUCCCCCGCCCUCUGCAUCCCCGCUCCCCGCUCCGGCCGCCCAGCGCAACCGCCAGAACGUCGCCGAGUCUCUGGCUGCCAACUCGCGGUCCCAGACCCAGACUCCCGUUGAAGCCCCGACUACCUCGAUCGCGCCGUGGGCGAAGGAAGCGAAUGAGGUGCCCAAGGGGCCCUCCCUGAAGGAGAUCCAAGAAGCCGAGGCUCGCAGCGCUGCGCAGAAGGAAGAGUUGGCGGCUGCCGCGCGCCGAGCCCAGCUGCUGGCCGAGCAGGAGCGUCUCAGCCAGGUCCAGGCCCAGGCCCCGGGCCUCCCGUCGACUGCCAACUGGGCCAGCGCUGGCUCCCCGGCCACGCCCACGUCCUCUGGCUCGGUCUGGAACAAUAAGGGCCAGACUGCUCCCACUGGUACGGCGGCCAAGAAGACUCUCGCCCAGAUUCAGAAGGAAGAGGAAGCUCGUAAGCAUCGCCUGGCUGCGGCGGCUGCUGCGGCUGCUGCGCAGAAUGCUGCUGCCAGUCCCCCGGCGGCCCCCUCGUCGACCGGCAAGCGGUAUGCAGAUCUCGCCAGCAAGGCUCCGGCGGCGUCUCCCGUGAGCGCGAGUGCGAGCACCUCGGGCGCGUGGACCACGGUGGGUGCGGGCGGAAAGCCCAAGCCUCCGCCGGUUGCACCUUCGGGGCCGCGGUCGACGAGCAGCGCGACUCCGGUUGCCGUGUCUCCUGUGAAGCCCAAGCCGGCUACUGUUGCGACGCCCCGGACGGUGACGGUGGCCACGCCGCCAGCGAACCCGAACCGGGCGGUGGAGGAGUUCACCAAGUGGGCCAAGCUUGCGCUGGGCAAGGGACUGAACAGCAACAUCAACGUGGAUGACUUUGUGCAGCAGCUGUUGUUCCUGCCGGCGGAGGCGGAGAUCAUCUCGGACUCGGUGUAUGCCAACUCGCAGACGUUGGACGGACGGCGGUUCGCGGAGGAGUUCAUCCGGCGGCGCAAGCUGGCGGACAAGGGGAUUGUUGACCCGGUGUCGGCGAGAUCCUACGGCACCUACCCCCUCCCCAUCCGGACCGCCCUCCAAGCCCACCAAACGCUCGCCGAAUCGCGUCCCGACCUGUUCAUCCGGCAGACCUCGCCCGCCCUGAGCGCCGAAUCCCUCACGCAGCUCUCCGCCCUCCUUAACGUCCCCGCCUCCACCCUCGCCUUCACCAAGAACGCCACCACCGCCGUCGCGACCGUCCUGCAUAACCUCCCCUUCACGGCCUCCGAUGUCAUCAUCUACUUCGAUACCGUCUACGGGGCCGUCGAAUACGGUCUGUUCUCCCUGGCGGAGCGCGCCCCCGUGAAGUUGCGCAAGGUGGAGUAUGAUCUCCCCACGACGCAUGAGGAGAUCGUGCGACGGUUCCGGGACCUCGUGGACAAGGUGCGCAAGGAGGAGGGAUUGAAUGUUAAGGCGGCGGUGUUUGAUACGGUGGUGUCGAUGCCGGGGGUUCGGUUCCCGUGGGAGACAUUGGUCGAGACGUGUCGUGAGUUAGGUGUCUUGAGUGUCGUCGAUGGCGCGCAUGCGGUGGGUAUGUUUGAGGUGGAUUUGGGCAAGGUGAAGCCGGACUUUUGGGGGAGUAAUUUGCAUAAAUGGCUCUACGUCCCCCGCGGCUGCGCCGUCCUCUACGUCGCGCCCGAACACCAACAUCUCCUCCGUACCACCCUGCCCACAUCAUGGGGCUACAUCAAGACCACUCCCUCCAUUGAAUCAGCAGAAACAGUAGCAACCCCCGACCCCGAAACCACCGCCCUCGCAUUCCGCACCCUCUUCCAAUCCACCGCCACCAACGACGACACGCCCUACCACUGCGUCCCCGCGGCCCUCACCUUCCGAAAGGAGGUCUGUGGCGGCGAAGACCGUAUCUACGACUACCUCGAGACGCUCGCGAACCAAGCGGCGGACCUCGUCGCCGGGAUCCUCGACACGGAAGUCCUCCAAGAACCCGAUCUCAAAGCCGGGGAGAAGAGUCUCCUGCGUGCUUGUGCGCUGAAUAACGUCCGCUUACCCAUCGCGAUCCAAACUGCUACCGAUCAAAGCGGAGGGGAAAUGGACUGGACUGCCCCUGGCACCGGGGGUAGUUUAUAUGCCCCUCUGCCCCGCGUGCUGGCGGGACAAGUCGCGGCGUGGAUUCAGGGGAAGCUCAUGGAGGAGUAUAAGACGUUUGUGCCGGUUUUCGUGUAUCGGGGGUGGUUGUGGACGAGGUUGAGUGGGCAGGUGUAUUUGGAAUUGAAGGAUUUUGAGUGGGUGGGGGGUGUGUUGAAGGAGUUGUUGGGGAGAGUGGGGAGGGAGUUUCCGACUCCUGUUGUUGCUACGGAUUUGCCGAUUCGGUAG